CCUCGAUCGACGAGGUGGAUGCGUGGGCCAUCGACUGGUGUUGAGUAACGUGCAACGCCGAGUCGAGCAGCGUACCGUAUCUCUGAGAAGCGUUCGCACGCGCAGCAACAGCUUCGCUGCGUGCGCCUGACGCUCACGAAGCUGCAUCGCCUCAUUUCUAGAUCCAGGGCAGCGACGCCGCCGCUGCGCGCGCAGCACUGAAACAGAGGGGCCCGCGGGGCGACCUCUCGUGCGAGGCGAUCAGCUAACCUGCGACACGAAUCGGAAGAGGCCGCUGAAAUAGCUCCGAUGUCACUCCUCACGACGUUACUCGCGAACGCGGAGGCCUUGGCCUUACUAGCCACGGCCGCCGCCGUCGCGACAGCCGACGGCAGCAGCAUCUUAGGCGCGUCGCUCUUCGGCAGUCUCUGCGUGGCGGCUAUAAGACCAACCUACGGCGACGCCUCUGAUGUGUACGCGACGGUCGGAGUCAUUGUGUGCGCCGUCGGCGCGUUGAGCGGCGGCGCCGUCGCGGCGCUCGCGCCGCAGAAGGUGACGGCCGUGUCGGCCGCGGGCCUCGUCGCGUUGCCACUAGCUCUACUCCUCGAGAAGCACGGCAAGUGCCCCGACAGCGGCAUCGCGCCGGACGCCUCCGGUUCUGUACUAGGCGCCUUGCUCAUUACCAUUUUAUGUGGCGUGGCUUUGUACCUGGCGGAGAGAGAUCCGAGACGGGACGCCCAGGUGAAGAGGGUGGCGCACGCCCUAGGAGCGGGCUGGUUCGCGGCUCUAGCACUAGAUGUCUCCUUGGCGAACGGCGCGGCGUUGUGGGUCCACGCCGUGGCCGUUGCGAGACCAGGAGACGUCCCCGGGCCGGACUUCGUGAAAUAUACCUUCAAUGAACUUUGGGCCUGUUUGGUCUGGGCGGGCAUCUCAUCCAUUGUGUAUGCGCUGCGGCCCGCCACCAAUAGGAUCGGCUCAUUACGAGCGGCGGCGAUGCCGCGGUCUUCCGACGUGCGGAGGGACGACGGCCGCGCGUCCGACGCGGCGACGCACCAGCUCCACCUCGUCGCCGCGCGGACGCAACACUUCAACCUCUUCGACCCGCUGAAGCUGCCGCCCGCCCUCAAACGCUUCUCGUCGAAGACCUUCGCGUCGGCGGAAGCGCUGGGCAACUUCUUCGGGCUGCAGGACGACAACGUCCGGAGCCAGGUGCGUACUCGGCGUCCUUAUUUUUCGCGUCGACGGCGUCGCGUCGACGGCGUCGCGUCGAUGACGUUGUGACGCCAUCGUGCCGUCAGGGCGCGCGCGCGCAAGAUAGAGAGAGAGCACGCCAAGACGCCGGAGCGCUGCACCAUCGUGCCGUCGGGACGCGAGCACACGACAACAAAAAUCAACGCAGGCCGAGCACGCCCUGAUGCUCUUCGCGAAUGCAUUAGCAAGGCAAGCGCCCGGCAAAUCAUCAAUCGACGAGGCCGACGAGCAGGCGGCCAAGGCCGUGCACGCGAAGUUGUUCGAGAACUACCGGCAGUGGUGCUCGUCGCUCGAGGUCGAGCCCCACUUCUCGAAGGAGAUCGACGAGUGCGGUGGGGUUUAUGGGGACGUGGUGCUCUGGUUAUGUGUGUGGGGCGAGUGCGCGAAUCUGAGGCACCUCCCGGAGUGCGUCUGUUACUUGUAUCAUAGCGCGGCGGGCGAGUGGGCCGCCUGCGAGGUGCACGAGCGACAGGGUGAAAGAGGGGCGUCGUUGUAUCCCGGACAUUUUUUGGACACAGUAGUGUCGCCGAUAUAUGAUGUGAUAGCCCAGCAGAUGCGCCUGAAAUGUGAUCAUAUCAGUAAAAAGAAUUAUGAUGAUUUCAACGAGUUCUUCUGGUCGAAAGAUUGUCUGAGAUAUCAUCGCUCGCCGGUCGCGACGGAGACGGCCGUGCGGGCCCACAAACGGCGCUCGGAUAAAGCGCGGCAAAAGUCCAUGCACGAAGGUACCAGCCUCUAUGACGACUCGACCUUCCCGCCGCCCGUCCACAGUGCCUUGUCAGGAGCUCCUAAAACUUAUAUGGAGGAAAGGACGUGGCUCCACGUGGCCUUCGCCUUCGGUAGGGUCUACGAGUACCACGCUCUGUGGUUCCAGGUGCUGGCGACGUUUGGCUUUGCGACUUAUCUCGUGUGGGACACGGCCUACGCUAUGCAAGUCUACUCCGGGUUAUUUAUUGCCAUCAACUUGUAUGCUUUGCUGAAUGCGUGUCUCGAGGCGAAGCUACUAGCACCCGCAGCGGACGACGUGCAACGCGGCGCCCUCGCGACGAGGAUAGCGGGUAGAUACGCCUGCUUCGUCUACCAGUGCAUGUACCUGAGCUGGGCCUUCGACGCGAACGAAGUAUUACCGAGGAGUCCCGUGAGAAGUUUGGGUCGGACCAAUGCCUUUUGGUGGUGGCAGUACGUGUGGCUGUCGCUGAUCCCGAUGUGCAUUUAUGUGACCGAGGCUUGCUUACAACUGUGGCCGCGGGCCCUGACGUCGAUCUACGAGUCUGGUGCGAACAGUGACAUCUCGCGGGCGUUGUUAGCGGUCUUCCUCCCUCGCUCCACGAACUACGUGGGCAAGAACGUCCACGAGCCGCUGGCGAUCGCCCGGACCUACCAACUGUACUGGCUCAUACUCGUCAGUUGGAAGCUCAUUUUUGGCUAUCAAUUUUUAGUCAAACCGAUGGUAGCUCCGACGAUCCAAAUCGUCGACGACUACCUGAACUACCCCCAGAUUUCCGGAAGAGGCCUGAAGACGGCUUCUCAGUUAAUAGGAAGGUGGGCGCCGCCCUGUUUGAUCUUCUUAAUUGAUAGCAGUAUAUGGUACUCGCUGGCGUCCUCAGCUGUUGGAGUCUACGUGGGCUUCCGGGACAAGCUGGGUAUCGUGCGGGACUUCCCCGCGCUGCGGGAUGCGUUCCUGUUAUUACCGACGAAUUUCUGCGCGAAGCUCGUGCACGGCGUCGCGGAAGAGGGCCUCGCGGACCGGACGCCCGCGUCCCCGUCUCCCGGCGGUCUGAGAUUUGCGCCGGGCGACGACCCUCGAGUACGAGAAAGUACGUCGUGCCUCUACCAGACGGUGUGCGGCGACGACGAUCCUCAAAGACCUUUUAGUCCGAGAAGGUUAGGUGAUGCCACCACACCACCUACGUCGUCGUCAGAUCUCGCCUCGACGUUGGGAGCGGCCUCGGCCUACGGCGGCGCCCUGGCGCCGCGCCUCCCGUCCUUCCUGUCGAUGGCGGACGCGCUCGACUCGCCCCCGGACACGGCGCGGCGAGGUUUGCUGGACUUGUUGGAACACGGUUCCCAUCAAAAGCACUUGGAACCAUUAGGUGCGGCCGACGAGGUCCAGUGGGUCUUGUUUGCCGAAGCGUGGAAUGAUGUCAUAUCUGCCAUGAGGAAUAGUGAUGUGAUCAACGACUACGAGCGGGAGGUGCUAGCUUUCGAUCGGUUCCCUGGUUUUUCGAAGCCGGUCUACUUGCCUAUCUUCGUGACGGCCGGUGCCUUGGAACGAGCCUCAGCCGCGGCGAAUGAUGCGGCGGCGGCGUAUCGACCUUUACAAAGAUUAGCCGAGGACUACAAGGGCAUCGACGAGACGCGGUCGAAAACUCAUUUACAAGCUGCUAGAAGUGUGGACGACGACCUCGCGAACGCGUUGAGAGCGGAUGUUGUUGCUACGGAGGCAGUGGACGAAGUGAAGGAACUGGCGACGGUGUUGCUCCUGAAGUUGUUGGGUCCGAUCCACAAGGACGACGUCGUCGCCAUCAUAAGCAUAGUGGAGAAGUGGGCCCGGGGCCCGGAGGCGUUACUGCAGAAUGUUUACCUCGAGGAUCUCACGUCUAAAGUCCUGAAGCCUCUGGCGGACCUCGCGGGGUUGCUGGCGUCGAAAUUGCAUAAGCGCUCAGUUUCUGACGCGUCACCACUGGACGCCUACGCCAAUCUUGAGAGUGGACAACCUAGUGAGGACGCCUCCGACGCUGAUGGUGAAAGUCUGUCGUCGAUGCCUCGCUCGCAGUCCACUUCCGGCCUAGCUGCUCUCGGUACGUCGACGCCAUCCAUGAAAACACAACGGAACAAGUACUCUCUGUCGUCAUCAAAGUACGUCGCGUCUUCUCAGAAAGAAGUCCGGGAUCCCCUGCGCGAUGCGUUGAGGGAUAAACUGCGAUCUGCCUUGACGGGCGCCAUGGCCUGCGUCGUCAAGUCCAACGUGAAGGGCAGCUACGCGAAGGAGGUCAAGGAUCGGCUGACUUUCGUCUUAGCAAACGAGCGGGGCUUCUUCUGGGACGGCCGUUACGCGUCGGCGUGUGCCGACUCCUUAGCCUUAGAUGCGAAACUACUUAAGCGGUUAGCCGUGAAAUUGAAAGGGUUGUUAACUACUCCCCAAAGAAAGACGGAACCUCGAGGGCAAGAAGCGACGCGAAGGCUGACCUUCUUCGUGAACUCUUUACUGAUGGACCUGCCGCCGCCCCCACCGUUGGAUGCCGCCGUUUCUCUCACGACUUUGACGCCGUUCUACUCCGAAGACGUCAUCCUGUCGGAGGCUGACCUGAGGAAGAAGAACAGCGAUGGAGUUACGACUCUCUUAUACUUACAAACUUUAUAUAAAGCUGAUUGGCGCGCCUUCUUGGAAAGGAGAGGGAUUGACGACCACGCCGCGAGAGAUGCUGUAUUUAGCGCAAAGCAUGCGACAGAGACGCGCCUGUGGGCCUCGUUCCGCGCGCAGACGUUGGCACGGACGGUCGAGGGCAUCAUGCAGAACGAAGCCGCUCUACGGUUGUUAGCUCGUUUAGAGAGAGUCAAUGAUGCUAGAAGAAGUAGAAGAAGGGCAGGGGCCCCGAAGACGUCGCGAUUAUAUGCCGCGGCCUGCGAUGAAAGCCCGACGCACCCCCAAAUUUCGUUAGAUGACCUCCUCAAGCUCAAGUUCGGGUACGUCGUCACGUGCCAGAUCUAUGGCAGGCAGUCGGCCCAGCAGGACCCGAAGGCAAAGGACAUCGAGAUGUUGCUGAAGCGGUUUCCGUUACUUAGAGUUGCGUACAUCGACGAGCAGCGCGUGAAUCGUUCAGGCGCCUCGGCGUUCUACUCUUGUCUGGUCAAGCAUGAUGCGACAACAGACGGUCCCGCCGAAGUCUACCGCGUGCGACUCCCGGGCAACGCGAUCGUCGGUGAGGGCAAGCCUGAAAAUCAAAAUCAUGCCGUCGUGUUUACCAGAGGGGAAACUUUACAGACGAUCGACAUGAACCAGGACGGCUUCUUCGAGGAGGCCUUGAAGACUCGUAAUUUAGUGCAGGAGUUCCGGGGGCCGCGGGCACCGGGCGCGCCGCCUGUGGUCAUCGUCGGCUUCCGGGAGCACAUCUUUACUGGUUCAGUAUCAUCUUUGGCGAACUACAUGGCUUUACAAGAAUUAUCAUUCGUGACGCUAGGCCAGCGGGUCUUGGCGGACCCGUUACACAUGCGGCUGCACUACGGGCAUCCGGACAUUUUUGACAAACUGUGGUUCACGACGCGAGGUGGUGUCAGUAAAGCGUCGCGAGGCAUCAACCUGUCCGAGGACAUCUUCGCGGGCUACACGGCGGUGAUACGAGGAGGCGGCGUGACGAUGCGGGAGUACGCCCAAGUAGGCAAGGGCCGCGACGUCGGGAUGCAACAGAUCUACAAAUUCGAGGCGAAGCUAUCUCAGGGCAACGCCGAGCAGUGCCUCGCGCGGGAUGUAUCUAGGGUGGCCGCUCGGUUGGACUUUCCGCGGCUGCUGUCGUAUUACUUCGGGGGGAUUGGCCAUUACAUCAACUCGGCGCUGACCGUGGCUACCAUACAAGUUGCUACUUAUCUAUCUUUACUAUUAGCUGUGUAUGGCGCCGAAAGUAUCGGCCAUCGAUUAGUAGUGCCGUUGGGGACUUUACAAGUGGUGUUGGCUGGCUUGGGGUUGCUGAACACGUUACCUUUGUUAGCUACCUUAGCGGUCGAGCGAGGUUUGUUGGCGGCAACGAGGGACGUGGCCCAGGUCUUCGCGUCGGGCGGCCCGUUGUAUUUUGUGUUUCACAUCCAGACGCGGGCCCACUACUUCAUGCAGACUCUAUUAGCUGGAGGUGCCACGUACCGCGCGACGGGCCGAGGCUUCGUCACAACACAUAACAGUUUCGACGAGCAGUACCGCUUCUUCGCGGCCUCGCACUUGUAUCUUGGCGUGGAACUAGCGGCGGCGUUAGGGCUGAUGGGCGCCCACACGCAGGCCGGCCAGUACCUGGGCCGGACCUGGUCUUUAUGGCUCGCCUGCGGGGCCUUUUUGUUAGCACCCUUCUGGUUCAAUCCCUUAGGGUUCUCGUGGCCCCACGUCGCCGACGACUUUGUCGCGUGGCGGCGCUGGAUAUCCUACGGGACACGGGGCGGUUCGGCAACGGACUCGUGGGACGUCUGGCACAAGGAGGAGACGGCGCCGUUACGUCGAUUAUCUAAUAGGUCGAAGUGCGUCGUGUCGCUGAAGGCGGUGCUCUACGUGGUCCUUGCGAAAGGACUGUUUGACUUCUCGGGCAAGGCGGCGACGCGGCGGUUGAUCGCCUUCUCCUACGCGUUGUUGGUUCUGGCGUCGCUGCAGGUCUGCGCCUACGUCGUGGACCGCGUGGCGCAUCGCCUCCAUUAUGCGUGCCACCGCCUCGUGCAGAUGGUCUUGGGCAUCUGUUCGGUGGGUGUCGCUCUGUAUGAGGUCUGCGCCCACCCGGCCUCGCUCAAAUUCGCCAUCUCGAUGUACUACCUCGCGGCGGCCGUUUGUGUGCUGGGAACGCUCUGGGGCGGCGAGGGCCCCGCCGUCUACGGUGGUAGAAGACAUUCGUCUUUUGCCGCGAUCGUACCAUCACUCACGCGACACUUGGCGCGGCUCCACGAUUUGGUCGUGGGCUACGUGUAUUUCGCGGUCUUCGCGCCGCUCUCCGCCAUCAGAGUCGUGGACGUCGUGCAGACGUGGCUCCUGUUCCACAACGCGCUGUCGGAGGGCGUGGUCGUCGACGACAUUUUGAAGCAAGCUAGGCAGUCCCAGGAGACGUCGUCGUCGAACGGCCAGAGCGAGGAGAUCGCCCAGCUCCGACGCCAGGUCGAGCUCCAGCAGCGGGCGCUGGGCGCGCUGCUCGAGGGCCGGGGCGACGCGUCGGCCUACUACCAGGCCGCGGUGUCGCCGCCGCCACCGCGGUCCGACUCGGACAGCGCCGUCGACGGCGGCCGGCGGCCGAGCGCGCCGGCGUCGCUCUCGCCGCCGGCGGACGCGGCGGCCUUCUCGUUCAGCUCGCCGGCCGAGAUGCCGCCGCGGGACGCGAUGUCGGACCCGGCGCCGGCGAGCGGCGGGCUGGCCUGA